AUGGCGGUAGAAAAAGAAAGAAAAUUGAUAAACUAUUCAAUAUAUACUUCGCUUUCAAAAGAGAGCAUGAGCAUGUGGGAAAAAAAUGCCAUUAAACUUCUUAUUAGAGAAAACUAUAAUUUCAAUGAGGCAUCAUAUAGAAGACUUAAUAUCGUAAUCAAUACUCAUUUGAAAUGGCAUUUAUAUAUGAAUUUUCAAGUUUAA